CCCCCACACAUACACACACACAUACACACACACUCGCUCUCGCACACUCGGUGACACGCCCGCGCGCGCGCGCGCACCCACACGCCCGGCCGCCGGCGCCCUCCCAGCUGGUCCACCCCGGCGGGGCCCGCGCCCCCGGCCCGCCCGCCUGGCACCGCGCCCCGGGGCUGGGGCCGAGCGAGGAGCCCGCGAGGCGGCGAGAGGGCGAGCGCCAGGCAGGCCGGCCCGGGGCCCCCGCCCCCCGCGCCCCCGCCCGAUGGGGAACGCUCCGUCCCAAGGCAUGUCCCUGUCUCUCUCCUCCCUAAUGUGCCUCCAUGCUUAAGUGGAAGAUCCGGAGCGGAGCAGCCCCCCCAUGCUAUCUGCGGACGAUGCCGAGUACCCGCGGGAGUACCGGACCCUGGGGGGCGGGGGCGGCGCGGGCGGCGGGGGCCGGCGCUUCUCCAACGUGGGGCUGGUGCACACGUCCGAACGGAGGCACACGGUGAUCGCCGCCCAGAGCCUGGAGGCGCUCAGUGGGCUCCAGAAGGCCGAUGCCGACCGCAAGCGCGAUGCGUUCAUGGACCACCUCAAGAACAAGUACCCCCAGCACGCCUUGGCCCUGCGCGGUCAGCAGGACAGGAUGCGAGAGCAGGUUGGCGGCUGGACCGUGGACCCCGUGUGCCUCCUCAGCUCCCUCUGCUCCCACCUCCAUGGCGACUCCGCCCCCUCCGGGGCUGGCCAGCCGGCCCAGCAGCCAAACUACUGGAGUUUCAAGACCCGCAGCUCACGCCACACUCAGGGAGCCCAGCCUGGGCUGGCAGACCAGGCAGCCAAGCUGUCAUACGCCUCGGCUGAGUCGCUGGAGACCAUGUCCGAGGCGGAGCUGCCCCUGGGCUUCAGUAGGAUGAACCGCUUCCGACAGAGCCUGCCCCUCUCCCGCUCUGCCAGCCAGACCAAGCUGCGCUCGCCAGGGGUGCUGUUUCUGCAGUUCGGGGAGGAGACUCGGCGCGUGCACAUCACGCACGAGGUCAGCAGCCUGGACACGCUGCACGCGCUCAUCGCGCACAUGUUCCCGCAGAAGCUCACCAUGGGCAUGCUUAAGUCGCCCAACACCGCCAUCCUCAUCAAAGACGAAGCUCGCAACGUCUUCUACGAGCUGGAGGACGUCCGGGACAUCCAGGACCGAAGUAUUAUCAAGAUCUAUAGGAAGGAGCCAUUAUACGCAGCUUUUCCUGGCUCACACCUUACCAACGGGGACCUCCGGAGAGAGAUGGUGUAUGCCUCGAGGGAGUCGUCGCCCACACGGCGUCUCAACAACCUGUCGCCGGCGCCGCACCUGGCGUCCAGCUCUCCGCCCCCGGGGCUGCCGUCCGGGCUGCCGUCCGGGCUGCCCUCGGGACUGCCCUCGGGGCUGCAGUCGGGCUCGCCGUCGCGCUCGCGCCUCUCCUACGCCGGGGGGCGCCCGCCCUCCUACGCUGGCAGCCCGGUGCACCACGCGGCCGAACGGCUCGGGGGCGCCCCCGCCGCCCAGGGCGUCAGUCCCAGCCCCAGCGCCAUCCUGGAGCGGCGCGACGUGAAGCCAGACGAGGACCUGGCGGGCAAGGCGGGCGGCAUGGUGCUGGUGAAGGGUGAGGGGCUCUACGCCGACCCCUACGGGCUGCUCCACGAGGGCCGCCUGAGCCUGGCCGCGGCAGCCGGCGACCCGUUCGCCUACCCGGGCGCCAGCGGCCUCUACAAGCGCGGCUCCGUGCGCUCGCUCAGCACCUAUUCGGCCGCCGCGCUGCAGUCCGACCUGGAGGACUCGCUGUACAAGGCGGCGGGCGGUGGCCCGCUCUACGGCGACGGCUAUGGCUUCCGCCUACCGCCCUCAUCGCCUCAGAAGCUGGCCGACGUGGCGGCGCCCCCCGGAGGCCCCCAGCCGCCGCACAGUCCCUACUCGGGGCCGCCCAGCCGCGGCUCGCCGGUGCGCCAGUCUUUCCGCAAAGACUCAGGUUCUUCGUCGGUCUUCGCGGAGAGUCCCGGAGGCAAGACCCGCAGCGCGGGGGGCUCCUCAACGGCCGGAGCCCCGCCUCCCGAGCUCUUCCCCGGGCCUGGGGAGCGCCCGCUGGUUGGAUUUGGGCCGCCGGUGCCAGCCAAGGACACGGAGACCAGAGAGCGCAUGGAGGCCAUGGAGAAGCAGAUUGCCAGCCUCACGGGCCUGGUACAGAGUGCCCUACUACGAGGCUCGGAGCCUGAGACCCCCAGCGAGAAGAUUGAAGGCUCCAAUGGAGCAGGAACCCCGUCAGCACCCUGUGGGUCAGGCAGCCGGAGCAGCGGGGCCACCCCAGUGUCUGGCCCUCCCCCGCCCUCGGCCAGCAGCACUCCUGCGGGGCAGCCCACUGCCAUCAGUCGUUUGCAAAUGCAGCUGCACCUGCGUGGCCUACAGAACAGCACCAGUGACCUGCGCAGCCAACUUCAGCAACUUCGAAAGCUCCAGCUACAGAACCUGGAGUCGUUGCGCGCGCUGCUGAAAGGCACAGAGGCGGAGCUGAGCAUGCGCGUGUCGGAGGCUGCGCGAAGGCAGGAGGACCCGCUGCAGCGGCAGCGCACCCUGGUGGAGGAGGAGCGGCUGCGCUAUCUCAACGACGAGGAGCUCAUUACCCAGCAGCUCAAUGACCUGGAGAAGUCGGUGGAGAAGAUCCAGCGGGAUGUGUCCCACAACCACCGGCUGGUGCCUGGGCCGGAGCUGGAGGAGAAGGCGCUGGUGCUGAAGCAGCUCGGGGAGACCCUGACUGAGCUCAAGGCUCACUUCCCAGGCCUGCAGAGCAAGAUGCGGGUAGUGCUGCGUGUGGAGGUGGAGGCCGUGAAGUUCCUGAAGGAGGAGCCCCAGCGCCUAGACGGGCUACUCAAGCGCUGCCGUGGGGUCACAGACAUGCUGGCCCAGAUCCGAAGGCAAGUGGACGAGGGUGUGUGGCCACCCCCCAACAAUCUCCUGAAUCAGUCCCCCAAGAAGGUGACGGCCGAGACGGACUUCAACAAGAGCUUGGACUUCGAAAUGCCACCCCCCAGCCCUCCACUGAACCUCCAUGAGCUGAGUGGGCCCGCUGAGGGAGCCCCUCCUACUCCUAAGGGCAACCCUACCAAAGGCCUGGACGCUGCUGGCAAGAGAAGCGUGGACAAGGCUGUGUCUGUUGAGGCUGCCGAACGGGACUGGGAGGAGAAGCGGGCAGCCCUGACCCAGUACAGCGCCAAGGACAUCAACCGGCUGCUGGAGGAGACGCAGGCAGAGCUGCUGAAGGCCAUCCCUGACCUGGACUGUGCGAGCAAGGCCCACCCGGGCCUGGCCCCCACCCCUGACCACAAGCCCCCUAAGGCCCCCCACGGCCAGAAGGCAGCCCCCCGAACGGAGCCCAGUGGAAGGAGGGGCUCAGCCCCUUGGCUGCCCACAGAUGAGCUGACGGUGCCUCGAUACCGCACAGAGAAGCCCUCCAAGUCGCCCCCGCCGCCCCCUCCCCGCCGGAGCUUCCCCUCCUCCCAUGGCCUGACCACCACGCGCACUGGGGAGGUUGUGGUCACCAGCAAGAAGGACUCGGCCUUCAUCAAGAAGGCCGAGUCCGAGGAACUGGAGGUGCAGAAGCCCCAAGUGAAGCUGCGCCGGACCGUGUCCGAGGUGGCCCGCCCGGCCUCCACACCACCCAUCAUGGCCUCUGCCAUCAAGGAUGAGGACGACGAGGACCGCAUCAUCGCCGAGCUAGAGGUGUUUGAGAGAAGCUCAGUGUCUUCCCUCCCCCCCACGCCCCGCCGCCAGCCGAUCCCCACCUUGCUGGCACCCCAGGACCUGGGGCCCCCUGGGGGCUCAGCCCAGGGCCCCACAUGGAAGGCUGCCCCAAGUCCCAGGGCCUUCUGCGUCCCCCAGAUCAUCUUGACGGAGUGUACCCCCAACCCUCCCUCCCCACCAGAGGCCAGACCUGAGGAACCCGGUCACGGGACAGCCCCCACCCCGCGACCCCGAACCCUGGCUGGCAGUGGGAGGGGCUGGGAUGGUGCACGGGCCCUGCCAGAGGUAGUGACCAAGGCUGCCCAGCCCAGGAGCAGCUUGGCGCCUGAGAAGGACGGGGCGGCUCAGAAGAGACUGGGGACGAGGAGCUGCAUCGCAGAGGAGGGAGGAGCCGGCGUCCCCUGUUCUUGGGGACCAGCCCCUGACGGGACUCUGGAGCCCUCCACUGCUGACAGCCACCCAGAGGAGACCCCCAAGGACAUGGGACAGGAUGUCCAACCCAGCAGUGGGGAGCCCAGGGGCCAGCCUGCUGCCGGCCUGGGCUGCACAGUGAGAGGCGCCACCACCCAGCGGAUGGACAGCCUGGAGGAGACACUCCGGGAGCUGGAAGCCACUCUGAGCCAGAUGGGCGCAGCCCUCGCCAUGGGGCCCCCUGGCAGCCCCCCACCCCUGCCACCCGGUCCCCAGAGUGGUGGUGGCAGUGUGCCACCCAUGAAGGUGGUGACUCCAGGGGCCUCUCGGCUGAAGGCAGUCCAGGGCCAGGCAGGCAGCCCCGACAAAGGCAAGCAUGGCAAGCAGAGGGCCGAGUACAUGAGGAUCCAGGCCCAGCAGCAGGCCACUAAACCAUCUAAAGAGAUGAGCGGGUCGAAUGAGACCUCAAGCCCAGUCUCAGAAAAGCCCGCGGCUUCCAGAACCUCUAUCCCUGUAUUGACUUCCUUUGGGGCGAGGAAUUCUUCCAUCUCCUUCUAGAAGCCCCCUCCCACCUCCACCUCAGCCUGUCCCCCCUCCUCACCCCUGUCACUUCUCUCCCUGCUCACCUUCCUCUCAUCUCCACCCUACCCCCACCCCAUUCUCUGGACCCUCUGAAGGGUUUGCCGCGGGUGUGGCCCUCCUCCGCUCUCUGCACCCAUCCCCUUGUUGGUGUUUUUGGUUUUUUAAACGACUCACUUUUAAUUAUCUUUUUUUUUUUUUUUUUUUUUAAGUAAAACAGUAAAACUAAAAACCAAAACACACCACCUUCCCUUGAUUUCCUGUUUCCGGCCUGCCUCCUGUCAUCCUUGCUCCAUUUUCUCUUUACCCACGCUUCCUCCCAAGUCCAUCCCCAUGUUCCUGCACCCUACGCUCCCUUCCUGAGAGCACUCCAACCAAACUCUGAGCCACGGAGACUUGGAGCGGCGGGACACCCCUCUCCCCUUCCUCGGAAACCUCCCUGGAGGAAAACCCGGACGUUGGACCAACCCCCACUAUCAGGCCGGCAGCCAGGACGCAGGGAGACUCUAGCCCUGGAGGUGCCCCACCUGCCGGCCUCAACAGGACUGAACUCCGCUCCGCUCCGCUCCCUUCUGCUCGUGCCCUGUGGGUCUGGAGUCAUGAUGGGUGGGGCAGGGGUGGAGGGGCCGGUAUGAGGCCUUUGAAUCUGCGUGUCUGUGUCUGUGGAGACGAGUCGGCUUCCUGGGACUCCCUUCUUGUUUGUGGUGAGGAGCCGCCUGGCCCGUGCCGAGCGAGGAGGGGGCCCUGCUGGACGGUUGGUUGUGGGUGGCGGGUUGAGCAGACAGCCUGACCCUGGGGGUCAACUGCCUUGGAAGAGGGCAGCCCCGAGGAGGGGUAUUUGGUACUUUCAGUUUCCUAAUUUAGCACUUUAAAUAACAUUAACUUAUUUAAUGGGGGUAGGGUGGGCAAGAAUGAAGGGCCUAGAAAACUAGAUUUGGGGACCUGGAGGGUGGGAAGGGGCUGGUUGUAAGGGAAGUGGGGGGAAUAGAGAGGGUCUGAUGGGGGGGGCGGUAAGGACAGCUCUGACCCAAAGGUCAAGUGACAUGACCUUCAGCCAUCUUCUUUGAGAUAAUGAGGGUUUUCAGGGAAGGGAUGAGAUGUGAUUUUUUCAGCGGGGAGCUGGUGACCCUUGGUGAGUUCCUUGAGGGUCCCUGAGGCCUGACCAGCCAGCCAGUGCCCCUAAACCGACCUGUGGAUGCCUGUGUAGCUUAAGGCCAGGUCCUGAGAGGAGGAGAGAAAGACCAAUUUUGGUUCUCAGCCCCAGGCCACCCAAGGGCACAGUGAGGGGCCAGCAAGGGGGUUACACGAGUGGGGGGUGGUGCAAGGAGGGUCCCCAGGGAGUAGGAUUCUUAUUUGGAGCACAAAGUGGGGUAAGCACAGGGGAGACUUUGGAGUUAGUCUCCCCAAGUAAGCACAGAAAGAAGGAGCCAUUGAAGGGGCAGAACCCCCCUAGUCCCUGGGGCCUGGCUGGAAGGUCAGUGCCUGGGGAGAGCCAGGGGAGCUGUUGAGGGCUGGGGAGGGAGGGGAAACCAGGGUUGUGUUUCUUCAUUUCUUUUUGUUUUGUUUUUGGUUUUGGUUUUUUUUUGUUGGUUCAUCCUUGUUUUCUAGCUUUGGAUCAUUUUUGUACAAAGGCAAGCAAGCCUUUUUGAAAAAUAACAAAAGAAGAGGAAAAAAAAAAUCCCUCCAAAAAAAAAAAAAACCCUUGGAAAAUAGAAAAAAAAAAAAGGACCUCAUAAAUGAUGCAAUUACUUUUAAUUGCAGGCAACUCUUUACAUUUAAGUGAAGUGUCUUAACAUUUUAUAUUGUUUUAAAAAUAUAUUUACAUAUUAUAUAUAUAUAAUAUACGUAAUAUAAAUAUAUAUAAAUAUUUAAAAAAAAAAGAAAAAAAAAAAAACUACGGCGCUCUCUCCCUGGCCGCUGUUUCGGCGGGGGAGGGGGGCUGGAGGAUGGGCACAUCGGCCUGGCUUCUGUGGUCCAGUGAAAUGGUUUGCUUUGAUUUGGCUGUACAGAGACCCCCUGACUGGGAGGGGAGGGGGGAGUGGUGCCCCCUCCUCCCUCCACUCCAUUACUCUUUGCUUGCUACUUUUCGCUUGCCCCCACCUCCCACCCUCGGCCCUGUGACCUGAACGUGUGCCCCACCGUCUUUGUCCUGAGUUGAACGUCCCUUUGUGGGGGGAGGAGGAGGUGUCCAUCCACGAGGGGCAGAUGGAGGGAGCCGUGGGCCCCACCCCACCCACUCACGGAGAGCCCAGUGGGAUUUGCAUCUUUCUUUCCCUUUGGUUCCUGCACAUUUCCGGGCUGAGAGGCAUUUGUGUGGAGUUGUGCGCAGCCUGUGUGUGUGUGUGUGCGCGCGCGUGCGCGCGCGCGCACGCGCACUGGCACAGGUCCACUUACCCAUGUGUGGAGGGAAGCAUGUGUGUGCACAGGCGUGACCUUCUACGCGGGUGUGCGGGGAGGCAUGCACACUAAGUGCAUGUACCCUGCUGGGGCGUCGGCACGUGCCCCCCCUGCAUGUCAGUCCAGGGAGCUUCGCGCAUGAGAAGGCGUGUAAUGUGUGUGUGCAGACACGCGUGGCUGCGAGAGACUCGUAUGUGUGCGGGCCACAUACGCGUGGACAGGGGUGUAUGUGAAGGUGCAUGUGACUGUGUGCGGGCGUGUGCGUGUGUGGGAAUGCCUGCGUGUGUGUUCCAUCGGCCCUGCACCGCUCGCUUUGGCUCCCCUCCCAAGCCCCCAGCCCCUGGCCCUCUGCAAGCCCGCAGCACGUCAAUGCCCCCCAGCUGCAUGCGCCUUGCUGCUCUGUCCAUCAGUGUGUGCUUGACCAAGAGAAAACUAAGACGUCCGGGGGGGUCCCUGUACCUGGUCCCCCCGCCCCCACCCACUGUGCUGUGUUACUCGCAUGGGGGGGUUCCUUUCCCGCCCCUUCCACAAUAUGCUGUUUCCCCAGGAGCCUCCGGCCCGCGGCUCUGAGAGGGGGUCCAGGUGAGGCCCCACCCCCACCCCAGGCUGAGCCCCGGCUCCGCACCCCCGCCCCGUCCACCCCGUAGGGCCCGUGUUGGUGUAGCAGUGAUGGCUUCUGUGGAUAUUCUGUGACCUCUGUCAGUGUAACUUGACAAUUUCUAAAUGGAAAAGGAUUGCUGUGUUUUCUCUGUCUCUCUUUUUUAAUGUCCUUUUUUCUUCUCCUCACUUCCCUGCUCUCUUUCCUUUCCGGUUUUUCUAGCCGAGUGUUUGGGGCUUAAAUAAAACUUGUUUCUUUUUCCUCUCCUGGA